AUGCAUUGAUCUUGUCAGUGACGCUUGUUAAGCUUAAGCUCAAGCUCAACCAUAGGAAUGCCAGGGUUGGUAAUCAAGCAAGUUUCGCGAACUACGUCGACGCACAUGUCUUGUUAACACAUAUCAACGACGAAGAGGAUAUUGUACCUAUCCUUCCAGGACGUUUCCUUGGAUAUGUCCGCCCAUCCGGUGAAGUGCACGUUGAGUACUCGGGUAAAUGGGCUUCGUGUCCAGUGCGUCGUCGGUGACGUACCGAACAUCUUCGAGGGCGACGAGUCUAACCACGACAGUCCUCACAUGGGGUGACCAUGGGAUCCUAGAUGCCAAGACAUCGCUCCGUUAUUAGUAAUGGUAUUCGAUUGCUUUGUUGAGUAUAUGGUUUUUUCUUUGGUUCUGUACUAGGGAGUCUGGCUCAUAAUUGUGAUCAUUUGUUCGAAUCAUGCGCUAAUGCCUGCCGUGUCUAGACUGAGGAAUUACGCUACUAGCCUUCAGCGCAUCAACGGUCAAUCAUGUGGUUCAUGCACCGUAGUACCUCAAGAGAGCGAACACGAUAUGAGACCACCAAUGGUCCCCUGAUAGGUGUCAGAGCCUAUUUAAAAAAUAAAAACAAUCGAGUGUUCAGAUCCCUUUGCUGCAGACAACGAUACUGAAUAGAAUUAACAGACCUGGAUGACCGUCGGCGUCGAGGAUGCAGCUGUUCGCAAGGCCGUCAAAAAGAUCGUUGAAGUCGCCUAGGCUAUUGAACGCCCCACUGGCACCGCAGUCGCAUGAACACUUCCAGUUCAGAUUACCGUGCAUCAGUUGGUAUCCCAAACGAGGAAGAAAAAGGGAAGCAGGGAGCACGUACGGAACACUCGACGUUGGUUGCGCUGAUGACACCUGAGCAAGUCUGACGUCCGUCUUCAUCCUCGGACAGGCCUGAUGCUGCCUAGUAUCACAGAAGAAUAAGGUCAAGGUCAAUGGGAUAUGCAUUGGAAGGCGGUGACUAUGUGUUUGACAUACAAGGGCGUCGCGACAACCGUCGACGUCAAAGAAAUUGCAAUCGGUACCGAUCGCUUCGUCGCACAUUGGUGCACGUUUGUGCAGCCCGAGGAGGGCGGCUCUGGUGCAACCAACAUGGACGAACAGGGCGGCGGCAAGGAGAGAUACUACAUGCACAUAGGUUCAACGAUUCAAGACAAGGAAGAGGGGAAAGGGAGGAGAAACGUACAUUUCAUCUGCAUGGCUAUUCGUUGGGGGGAAGGGUCGCUAUUUGAUGGUUUUCAAGACUUAGGUCGAGUGGUAUUUAAGCAAGUUGCUGACCCAGCGGCCAUGACGACCUAUUGGAGUCUGCAUUGGAGUACGAAGUAUAGGCCAAUUUGUCUUCCGGACGCACGUGGCGGUUCUAGCGUUAUCCUGGAUACAGCAUUGAAGUUGGAUGGAUUGCGCGUCAUAUCAGGCUGCGCGAUCUGCAUAACAACUGGCUCCACAGUGAGUGCGUCCAAUCUACCAGAGGACAGUCGGCAACAUCGUCAGUGUUCUACCGGCGUUGUUCUCUUGCAGGCAUAGCAUAUGUUAGGAGACGAAAGGAACCGCAUAGUGUGUCUUUCAGCGAAGCAGAAUUUUGGCGAGACGUCUAGGGAUCCGACACCGGCACGAAUGGUGAAGUCUGAAGGGUCACGUAAAGCCAGAAUGUGUUUGCGGCCUUCGGCUUUGGGUUCGGGACGCAGGACGAACGUUGUGUUACGAUCACUUUCAUUUCGGAUCUACGAACACACCUUUUCCUCUCGUUAUUCAUUUGUAACCAGUUAUUAAAACCUGCCCAAACACAUUCAUUGAUCCAUGCUCGAACCUGACCGAUACCAUAAGUAUAUAUGAACACAUUGUCACCACAUGUAUUUAGAUAAUAGUUGUAUAUAUACACCAGACGAACUUCAGAUUAACUCCAAGUUUCGAAUGGUUUUACCUGCUCAUUUCUAAAUUGAUUUGAGUCCU